AUGGCGCAGUUUCUGCAUCUUCCACGCGAAUUACGCGAUAUGGUAUACAUGGAGAUGCUCAUGCCGGCGGGGCCCCUUCCAAGCGUCCGAGACACGCAAUUAGCGUCCAAAUGGCAUCCCAUAUGCCAAUCCCAGGCUGUCCCGGAAUUUAGGUGCUUUAUGGCGUCACAGCAAAUGCCGAGCACGUGUGCGAGCUUUCUAGCAUGCAAUCGCCAAAUCAACGAGGAGAUGACGCAGAUGAUGGGCAGAGGGCAGAAGGCGGGGCGGCUUGCUGCACGAGUGGACUGCGCUGUCAAGGACGAUGCGCAUUAUUUUACCGUGGUUGCCGUGCCGUUUGUCAAGCUGGCCAAAGAGAGUCCACCGGAGCACCGACAAGCAAAGGACGAGGAAACGUGGGCACGCAAAAUCUUUGGGGACUGGAUAGGCAGCCUUUUCGACAUAGGGCUCGAAGAGAUGAAGCGCAUGGCCGUGAACAAACUCUUCUGGACACGCAUCAACCCGACCUACUCGACCGUUGAGCGGCUGUGGAUGGAUAUUCGACCAUUGGAGCGAACUGGAGCAAACAUAGCGGGGUCACAGACGACAUAUAACGAAAUGACAUGCUGGGCCAUAUGUGCUGCGCUCAAGCACAUGUUCGACAACGGUCCGGACGCGAUGCACAGCCAUCAUCGAAUCAGCAGUGUCGACGAAGUCAUCUUGAACGUUGUGGCACACACACACGACGCCUGGGCGAGGUCCCAAGGAGACGGCAGCGCCGAGGAUACCAUUAUUGUGUCGCAAAACGAGCAGAGGGCAGCCGAGCUCCUGCGGAACGAGCUGGUGGACGUUUGGGACAAGAUCUGGUCUGCCACGGGGAGGAACCGAAGCGACUUGAAGGCGAGGCUCUACCGCACAUUGCUGGAGAGGAUCAAGCGGGUGCGAAUAUGCGUCAACGGGGAGACGUUCCGCACCAGAGGACUGUCUGUGGAAUUGGAGAGGGGGCGCGCUGAAAUGAGGAGAUACCAGAUGAGGUGAUGGUACAUAGAGAGAGGGUGGAGGCGGAAGUUCCAGGCUUGGUAUGGCUCCUUUUUUGGUCGUUCACGGGCCAUAGCUCGACGAGGACACGGCUCGGACAUUGGGCGUCCGAGGCGUCUUCUGUGCGCGUUUUUUUUAUUUUUGGCCUUGGCCUUGGUUGGUCGCGACGUACGUACAUACUUAUAUAAGCCCG